AUGUAAACUUGGGAUUCUGAAUUACCAUAGACUAUGCAAUAAAAAUUGAGUUUAUUAUUAGAAUAACGUCAAAAUCUGAAACAAUAGGAGAAUCAAUUGAAAUAAAAGGACUUACUAUUUGCUCAUAAGAAAUCAUUAUCCAGAUUGCAAAAUCAAAAUUAACAGACAGUUGAAACCCUUCUAGAGAAUGAGAAGACUGAAUUAAUUGACAUUUUAGAUUAAGAGUUGAUCACCUAAAAUUAAAGAAGAUAUUCAUCAAGAAGAAUGCCUACUUUAGAAUAAUCAGCAAUAUCAUUUUAAGAGCAAUCGGCUGUAUUUCACAAAUCAAAUAAAACUAAUAGAUCAGCAUCAACCAAUUUAUCAUAUUUUAAUACUUAAUCACCUUAAAGAUUAUCAAAAUUUAAAGUUGACAAUAAUACAAGUCGAAUUCAAGAUCAAGAUUAAACCAUUAAACAACUCUAAUCUCUAGUUGCAGAACAACAAGAAAAGUCCCUCAUUCAAAAUCAAGAGAUUUAAAUGUUGAAAGAAAAAAACUAAACAUUGACAAGAUAGUUGGAAAUAAGUGAAAAAAAUUUCAUAAAAUUUUAAAAAUAAACUGAUUUAUUUAAAGAAAAUUUGGUCGAGAAAUUGAAGUCUUAUGCUCAAAAAUUAGAAGUGUUAAAUGAGAAUGAAGAAAAAAUUCUAAUGAUGCAGAAGGAGAAUGCAAGAUUGAAAUAGGAAAAGGAGGAGUUACUCUUUCUGAUGAGGAAUAACAACACUGGAGCUCGAAAAUGA